AUGUCGCUUUUGCACAACCAACGUCUCAGUCACAAGGACCCUUCUCCGUACAGAGCCAAGGUCGAAGACACUAAUGCUGUGUUAGGUCCAGACGUGAGUUUCUACGAGGAUACCUCUAAACCCGUGCAACACACCAAAUCUAAAGUUGGUAUUAUCGGCGCCGGUUUUGGUGGUAUCGCCGCUUCCUUGAUGUGCAAGAAGAAGUGGAAGACGGACGAUUUUACCGUCUUUGAUAAGCACGAGGAGUGGGGUGGAACCUGGUGGGCCAAUACGUACCCCGGAUGUGCCUCCGAUAUCCCAGCAUUGUGGUACUCGAUUUUCGCCGAGCUCAAUGAUAACUGGUCUACCUUGAGACCCCCACAGUACGAAAUGGAGGAAUAUCUUUUGAAUGUUGUGGAAAAGUGGGGUCUCCGGAAACAGUCGCAAUUGGGUGUUGUGGUGAACGACGCCAUCUGGCAAGAGGAGAGUGGCACCUGGUUGCUCAAAGGCUCCCACAUCAAGCUGGGCCAGAGAUUCGAACACACCUGUCAGAUCUUGCUUGCAUGCAGCGGAGGUUUGGUCUACCCUAACCAGCUUAAAGCACCAGGUUUGGAAAAUUUCAAGGGACACUACAUGCAUUCUGCGCUUUGGGACCACUCUGUUGAAAUCAAGGGCAAAAACAUUGUGGUUGUGGGUAACGGCUCCUCAGCUGCCCAGGUUGUGCCAGCUUUGGUUGACGAGUGUGAUGCAGCCCAGGUGACACAAGUGUUCAGAUCAAAGCACUGGAUCUCUCCUCCACCUCCACCAUUCCUUCAUACUGCCUACAAUUUCCUCAAACGCUGGAGAUUUGGACUCGUUCUUUUGCGUUGGAUUGUCGCUUUGUUUGCAGAGUUGAGAUACCCAUUGUUCCAGGGCGACGGUCCAUUUGCCAGACUCCUUAGAGCCGCGAACCAAUGGCUGUGCAAGCGUUAUGUCCGUAAGUACGCUCCCGAGUACUACGACAAGAUUAUCCCAGACUUUAAGCUUGGCUGCAAGAGACUCAUUUUUGACUACAAGUACAUUCCGCUGCUCAGAAACCCGAGAAUCGAGCUCAACGACUCCGGCAUUGACCACAUCACCGAGGACACUGUCUACUUCAAGGACGGCACCAAGGCUAAAGCGGAUGUCAUUGUCGCCUGUACCGGUUACUCUGUCCCCAAGUCUUUCUACAACGGUGUUAGCGUGACAGGAAGAAACGGCAUCAACGUCCAGGCCCUCUGGAAGAAGGAGGGUGUCAGUGCAUACAAGACCCACAUGGUGAGAGACCAGCCCAACUUCUUCUUCUUUGCCGGCCCCAACUCGGCUACAGGUCAUUCCUCUGUGGUUUCAGCCAUUGAGAAUGCCGUUGCCUGGGUUGGAAAAGUCGCAAAGCCUAUUGUGGAUGGCAAAUCCAAGUCUGUCAUCUGCAGCCGCUCUGCUUACUACGAGUGGUUUGAAAGGACACAGAAGCAGCUUUCCACUGCGGUUUUCGGAUCGCCGUUCGGAGGCUGCAACUCAUGGUACACUGAUGGCGACCAGAACCCCACGACAUACCCAUUUUCGCAAGUGCAUUACUUCAUCAAGUCGAGAAUCUUUGGCACCGGCGACUUGACCUACGAGCCUGCCGAAAGCAAGAAAACCGCCUAG